CUUCUUAUCAGUGUUCGUGGAGAGCUCCGCCCAUUUCAUCGCCGUCACCGCUGAAAAAAUUGGUAGAUCGAAGAAUUUCCGGUGUGCUUCUUCAUUCUCCAUCAUAUCAAUGUUCAUCGGGAGUUUGAUUCGCAUAAAUUAGGUAUUUUCGGAUCAUUUGCCCAAUUUUGUUAAAUACUUUUGUUAGAUAGGGAUUGAAAAUGAGAACAAUGGUUGAUUGGUCGGAACUUCAACCUGAAUUGUUGGUUUUAAUUGCUAAACGUAUAAAUCUGAUCGAGGACUACCUUAAUUUUCGAACUGUUUGCACAUCGUGGUACACUGUAGCCACUAGGGAUAAUUUUAGUAGUAAUUUGCCUAGGGCUCCCUGGCUAAUGUUAGCUGAGGAAGAGGAUGAUAGAACAUAUAGAAAAUUCUUCAGUCUGUACAAUGGGAUGAUUUUGAAAAAGAGGAUCCCGGGAGCGAGUGAGAAGAGAUGUGUGGAGUCAAAGGGAUGGCUUGUUACAGUUGGAAAGGAUGAGGGUGAGAUUAGUUUGUUACAACCCUUCUCUGGUGUUAGAAUUGAAUUGCCACAUCAAAACACAACUGAUUUUUAUGAACGCAACUACACUCACGAUCUGUGGACCUAUAUCCGUAAAGCAGUUCUGUCAGCUAAUCCUUCUCAUACGUCGGACUAUGCUCUCAUGGUCAUUGAGGGAAGAUUCGAGCGCCUCAGUUUAUGGAGACCAGGAGAUUUGUUGUGGACCAGGAUUUGGAUCCCCACCCACAUUGGACAUAUUAGUGAUGUGGUAUAUUUCAGUGGUCACUUUUAUGCCGUCACUUUUGGCCGUUGUGUCCUAGUUUGUGAUGUUGUUGGCACUCAACUCACUAAAGUUUAUAGUGUAGCACAUCUUGCACCUUGGACUGACGGUAAGAAUUACAUCCUAGAAUCACUAGGAUCAUUAUUUGUAGUUGCGCAACAGAUUGUUGAUACACGGUAUGUCAAAGGGGAUCGUGAGAGUAUUCCACCGACGCACAUCCCAGGUGGAGAUGAUGAGGAGGAGAAGAUUUGCACGCACAGGACAAGAAAAUUUCUAGUUUUCCGAAUCGAUUUAUCUAGCUGCAAGGCUAUACCAAUCAUGGAUUUAGGAGACCAAGCCUUUUUCUUGGGUGCUAAUGCUUCUCUUUCAAUCCAAGCUUCUCAAUUUCCAGGAAUCAAGCCCAACUGUAUUUAUUUUACAGAUAACUGGAUUGGUGCAUACCUCUUCUUUAAAAAAGGAUGCGGUUUGGACAUGGGGGUGUUCAACUUAGCAGAUGGAAGUAUCGAGCCGCUUUAUGAUGGUAUUUCUGUCAGUCGUGUUUGUCCUCCAAUCUGGGUCACACCAAAUCCAUGAUGAGCAUCCACUGAUCCAUCAAAUCCAGUUACAUCUACUGAUGCUCAUAAAAUUUGUGAAUCUUGCCCAGAAGCGCAGGUGUAUGACUUAAGUUAUUUUGGAUGUUCAAGAAUGUAUUAUAAUUUGCAGCUACACAUCUAGUGUUAUAAAUGGCUGGUUGGUCGGAGCUUCCACAGGAUUUGUUGAGGUUAAUAGCUCAUUCUCUUGCUACAUACACUGAUCCAGUCCAGUUCACAUGUGUUUGUAAUUCAUGGAGGUCAGUGUUACCUACUAUUUCGAGUAUUAAGGGAGUUCAGCCAUGGUUGCUGCUGCCUCGUGACAAUAAUACAAACGCAAAAACUUGAGAAGCAUCUUAUUAGCAUACAUGAAAAAAGAGUAGUUCACUACCUUGAGGUCCCAAAGGUCCUUGGUAAGGAGUUUCGCGGUUCGUCCCACGGAGGGUUAGUUUCUACUUUCUAUUAAGGACACCUACAAUCUGUUUAACCCAAUCACUAGGGGUGAAAUCACCCUUCCACCGAGGUAUAAGUUCCCUGAUGUGAGAAAUAUUGUGCAAAGAAGCUUGAAACUGAAAAUGCGCUUGAAUCCCAUGAUGUGACUUUAUUCCUUUCGGCGGAUCUGGUCAACGCUCGUCUUUUAUUCAAAGUUGUCCUAUCUUCAAGCAAAGUUAACUCUAUGGUUGUUGCCAUCUAUGGUGGUAAUUAUAACUUGGCCUACUGCAAACUCGGAGAUAAAAAAAGUGGUUAUCCAUUUCCAAAACAGGAUACCACGAUACCAUCUGUUAUCACUACCAGAAGAAACGCCCUUUAGUGGCAAUUAAUUGAAUAUCGGUAACUUUCCUUUUGUUCAACUAUUAGCGGCAUUUGGAGAUUAGCUGGGAAUAAAGACCUUUUCACUGGUCAUUGAAGAGAAUAGCCACAAAAAGUUGCUACUGAAUGCAAAUUAUUGAAAGUGAAUUUUUCCUAAUUUUACCUUCCCUCCCUCUCUUCAUUUCUCUCCUUGUAAACCUGAAAUCCUAUCACCUGUUUUCCGAUUUUUCAGUGUACCUGCAAUGGUUUCAUUGGGGAUUUCGGAUUUGUGGUGGAUUUUAGAUAUUCUGGAUAGGAAUGAUACGGAAGAGGAAAGACAAGUAAGCUUGUUUGAUGCGGUGGAUGACUCGUCAGCAUUGGCGAAGAAAGCCCAUGGAAGCUUAAAUGGUGGAAACAACAUGACGCCUGAUCAACAAGUGGUACGAAAAACCUUCUCACAGAGAUUCUAUGAAUUUUGGAGAAGAGGAAGACUCUUCUGGUAUGGCAUCAAAAAGAGGAGUUCUCAAGAUGAUUAAUAUCCAAUCAUUGGCAAUGCCUUCUCUGUCACCGGCUUUUUUCACCAGAAAAUUGCUGAGUUGGCUCGCUCACAUGGGUCUCUUGUACUGGUAGAUAACAGUAUUAUGUCCCAUAUACCAUCCCAUCGUUUGGACCUUGGAGCAGGUCUGCAGAUACUUUUAGUUCUGGUAAAAUUCUCAAGGUGCUGCCGUGCUGGUUACCUUAAAUGGUCUGUUAUUUUCAGAUAUUGUGAUGCAUUCAGCAGCUAAGUUUAUAUUUGCCCAUAGUGAUCUGAUGGAGGGUGUACUUGUUGUCACAAGGGAAAGGGUUUUUCCUCUUUAUUUGGUUUCAUGGAUUAAUUUACGCUUAUCGCAUGAUUUCUCAUCAUCCUUGGUGCCCUUGAGUUGCUUUCAUGGACAAAACUAUCAGAUUACCCUGAUUGAACGAAAAAAGAAAAACCACCUCUUAGUAAUAAGCUCCUUUAAAGUGUCAAAAAAAAAAGCUCCUUUAGUAGAUUCAAUUACCUGAAGUCUCAAUUACUAAAUAUCUGUUGCAUAACUGGUUUAUCGGGAAAUUAUUACCUCAAUGGAACUAUAGAAAUAUCUAAACAAUUGUAGUUUGGAGUGCAAAGUUCAUAUUUACUUGGAAACAGAUAGAGUACGUGCUAAUGUUAUUCUAAAACAUAUUCUAUAUCUUUUUAAAGGUGGCAAAUUAUGUAAUCUUCUUGUUAGGUCAUUUCUCUAAAUAGAUUCAAUCACCUGAAGAUUCUCAGGAAUUUUAACCCAACAUAUACAAGCAAGUAAAUUCACAUUUUGUCAACGGAUCUGUUUAGAUAUUGUGGUAUCGAGUUAAUGUAUUGCCUGUCUGAAGUUGGGACGUCACACAUUUGACAUUUGUAACCUGGGGGUUGUGAAAGUCUAAAUUGCAGUCCUUCUACUAGGCUGAAGCUGCAUAUGAUAAGUUCCCCUUAUGCAGGCAUAACUUACUUUUUCUAAAGACAGUGCCUGCUCCUUUUACCGAAUGUGAAGUUUAAGAUUAGCUCACUUACUCGACCUGAUAUUCAAAUUAUAUAUAUUGACUUGUAAAAAUCAGCUUGGCAAAGAACGUGUACUAACUUCAGAAUGCAGAAAGUGCAGGCUUAGCCCCAUUUGAUUGCUGGCUUUGUUUAAGAAGGAUUAUAAUGAUGGUGUCGUGUGUAGAAAAGCAAUAGGUAUUAAAUUUUGCUUGCAUUUUGGUCUUCGGUGUUGUUAUUACUUGCUAGAUCCAUUUUGUUUACCGUAGCUGUGAGAGUGACUUGAUUGUCGAUUCUUUUUGGUUGCACCAUGAACAACGUCUAGCUCUCAAGAGGUUGGUUGACAUAAGUUGAUCCUCUCUCAGAGCAAUUGACUAAGCCAUUACCCAAUGUCAUGGUUUUGGUUAGUCGGAAGGAAUUGUCUGGUGGUGCCCACAAUCUCCUUCCAGAAGGUGUGAUAAUUGUAUUCAUUCUGUAGGUUCUUUGAAUUGAUUAUCUUUCAAAGGUUUGGUAAUCAUGCUAGACCUGGAAACCUCCUUCCAGGUACAUAAUUGGUCGUCUGUGCGUGGCAAUGAAUCACAAGACGAGUUGGAAAUCCUACUUGUCUUGGAGCUUCCAGUAAGACGAGUUGGAAAUCCUACUCAUCUUGUGGUGAUGAAUCACAAGAUGGGUUUGAAUUAAGAAAUUCAACACAGAAAUCUUCAACUGUGGGCGAGGACAAACAAGUACCUUUAUAAAUAUAUGACUU